GUGCGUACAUCAAGCAUGUGUGUCGAACCGAUGUAUGGUGUUGUGCACCGUGGUGUGCAGCCUUUGUAUUGCGGUGAUCCGGGAGAAGGGAGCAGUGGCGAAGGUUCACAGAGGGAAGAGGAAGAGGAAGAGGAAGGUUCUCAAGAGGGGAAUGAUAGUGAGAAUACAAUUAAAAAUCAGAUCCGAGUGCUGCUUGCUCGACUCAAUCCAAAUGUUUCUCCAUCGAGAGUGGACAUAAGGACGAACGAGGUUUUUCAAGAGUUCAAGGCAUUGCGAAGACUUGAGUACUUGGAAGAAUUUUAUGACAGACAAACAAGCCCGACAUUUGGAUAUAACUGGCGCAUUGAUGAGGGCGACGAGACCGGUGGGAAAAGGGGACAAGGCCCUAGCGGUGGAGCGAGUGGAGAGGGAGGUGAACACCCAAGUGGUGACGAGGGCGGAGGUGACGAGGGAGGAUGUGAUAAGGGAGGUGAUAAGGGAGGGAGUGGUGAGGGUGAAGGAACAUCUGAAGCGCCUGGGUACAGUCGGCCAACAACAGACACAUCAGAAGGGCAAGCCCAUCGUCACCAUGAGAGAAGCGCCAGUGGUGUAGGAGGGCACAUCGACAUUCGUGGUUUGCCGCAGAUCAAGCUGUCUACUGCAGUGGAACAGGUUGACGAAGGAUGUGAAGGUGGGCAAAGUGUCACCACAAUACUCACAGCUGUCACAGUGACAGAUAACGCAUGGUGUGAUGGCAGUGGCGCAAGUGUCUUCCCCGUUGGCAAGAAGGGCAAUAUUGGUAGCCCACAAGGCCUUAUGUGGAUGUCUAUGGAUAUUUUGCCAUAUGGGUUGGGAAGCCAAGGGUGGCUCAGAGCAUCAUUGGAUAAAACCAUGUAUCUGGCGGAAACGGAACAGCAACUUGAGGCUCACACUCCACUUGAUGAAGAGACACUCAGAGGCGACUUAGAGAUUCCUGCAGAAUUUCAAAGUCCGAUAUCAGAGGAGAAGGCACAACGAGGGUCUCAGGAGGCGGGUACUGUAACAGGCCACCAGGAGGAAGCUAUGCUUGCGGAGGAGAUGGAACCGGGCGGCGAGCCUAACAGUCCAUUUCAUGAAGACAUUCUUGGCAGCGACUUCGAUACUGGUACUGGAGGGUCUCAGGAUUCGCCUAUUGUAUUUGAUACUGCUGGGAAGAACGACACUCUUGAGGGGCUUGUGGCGAAAGAAGCAAUUCAAGUGUCGGACAUCGAAGAGGAUGAAGGACAUAUUGUAUUGACUACUCCAGAGCAACAUACACCUGUGGAGGAAGGACGAGAAAGUACACUUCGAACUCCUGUGCAGCAGUUCAACCCAUCUGUCAAAGUGAUAAACAUCGAAGAAUCCCCUUUCACAUCAAGACAGUUCGGAGAUGCAAAAGAAGACGGUGCUAAAGGAAAAACCGCAGUUAGUCGCCGAGGUGAGCACUUACCUUACGAAGUUAAUAUAUGUGUAAUAUUGUACCUAGAACGAGAGAUGAUUUUCCGGUUUUGCAUGCUGUUGUGCAUUGGAACUGUUCCAUAUUUAUUUGCAUAUAUGUAGUGUACCUUAUAGUGCGUCCGAAUCGGUAAAUGAAACACAUGAUCGACU